CAAUAAUAAUAACACACUAAUUACAUCAACGAAAUCUACAUCAUGGUCUUCAACAUCGCAAAACCUCUUAUCACACCGCGGAAUCGAAGAGUGGCAAAUUCCAUUACUUUGGCUACAGCAUGCUUUGCUACUUGCUUGGAUAUCUUGAACUUAUCUGCGGUCAACAUUGCUGUACCAUCAAUCGCCAUCGAUAUGAAACUCGACAUCUCAACAACACCAUGGUUGAUUGCCUCUUAUGCUAUUGCUUUCGCAGCCUUCCUACUACCGGCUGGAAAAUUGGGCGAUCUGUAUGGUUAUCGCAUAGUCUACCUCAUCGGUAUGAUUAUCUUUUUUGUGACAUCAAUUGUAAACGCUGUCUCUCCAAAUGAAUAUGUUCUCUUCGUAUUCCGAGCUCUACAAGGUCUCGGUGCCGCUUGUACCGUGCCUAAUGCCAUCGCAUUGGUAGCAAACAGCUAUGAAGAUGAAGAUGCAAGACGUAUCGCCCUGUCGGUAUUUGGUGGUUCUGGACCUAUUGGUUUUGUUGUUGGUCUCGUUCUUGGAGGCGUAUUAUCGUCAACUAUUGGGUGGAGAUGGAUCUUCUAUAUUUCAGCCAUCUGUUCGUUCGUCAUGUUCAUUCUCGCUUUCCUUUAUGUUCCUGACUUCCGACACGAGGGAUCAGCCGAAAAGGUUGACGUACUUGGGUUCGCAUUAAUCACAAGCGGUUUCAUCCUCAUCAUUUAUGCCCUCUCUGACGGACAAUGGCAUCUUGCUCGCGAUCCUGUAACCCUUGUUAUAGGAGUACUUCUCGUCGUUGCGUUUCUUGUGUGGCAGUUCAAGGCAACCUACCCACUUUUACGUCCUGAGUGGUGGCGCCGCCAAAACUUCGCUGUCGCUUUCGCCAUCAGCUUUAUUCAUUACGCAGUGUUUAUGGGAUACAUCUACACAACAACUCUUAUGUUCCAAGAUGCCUUUGGAUACUCUGCAUUGGAUACUGCUCUUUACUAUCUGCCUUUGGGAAUUGUGGCAUUCUUUAGUGCAAAUGCCACCGGGUAUGUAACCCCUUACACUGGAGUGCGCAACAUCAUGAUUAUUGGCUCGGUCAUGUCCCUUGCUACCAAUGUUGGAUCACUUUACUACUCUCCUGAGUUAGGAUUCUGGAAACUUAUUUUCCCAAUGCAUAUUGUUCUUGCCCUUGGGUUGCCGUUACUAUAUAUUGGAGGACAGAAUGCUAUGAUUGCCACUGCGCCACCCAGUGAAACUGGAACUCUCGGAGCUGUCUACAAUACUGCUGGUCAGCUCGGAUCUGCGGUCGGAAUGGCCAUCAUGACGGCUGUCAUCAACGGUGUCAACAAUGGUGCCACAGAUAUGUCUGCUCUUCCAGGAUACCAUGCCGCAUUCUAUGUCAACAUCGGACUACUGAGUGUUUCCACUAUCAUCAGCAUACUAUUCAUCAAGGAUGAGCCCCGAUCAGCGAAAAGCUCUGAUGCGGAUUUGCCUAGCUGUGGCAAUUCUGAGGAAACGCUGAAAGAUUUGGAGAAGGGCGAAGUUGAAGAGGUUAUAGCCCCUUCCAAGAAAGUCUCUAGCUUAGAAAGUGAAGAGGUUGGCAUUUCAUCAUAGAUAGAACAGGACACUGGCCUCCUGAGCAUUGCAUUCCACAAUCUUAUCGAAUACCCUACAUGUACAGAAUAUCUUGAAUAAAAAUGGGGCUAAUUUUCAUUAAUACAAG